ACACCUCACCUCCUAUUUGAACUUAUUAAAAUUUUUUCUUGACAAUUCAGCCAACUGACCUUUUAAAAGAUAUUUUCUUAGAAUCUCUAUUUUAUUUUAUGUUUUUCUUUCAAUUUUUUAUUUAAUUCUUUUGCUUUUUUGUUUUGUUUUAUUUUUUUACGUUUGGUUUUAGCCAUAGAUGAUUCUGCUGUUUAUGCCAGAUAAUGACUUUGCCUGGUUAAUGAGUAUUCAGCUAAGCCUAAUUAAUUAAUCAAUCAAUCGGGAAGGCUCUCUAACCCCGCCCCUCUCAAUGCGUCCUCCUCUGACAGCCACGCGCGCAGUUCCGCUGUUGUUCUGCGCGAGUUCCACGCAUGAACUCUGAAUAAGAGCUUCUCCCGAUUUACGUUGCAUGCUUUUGUCCCAGGGCGGAACACCUUUCAACUCAAAGGUAUGGACUUCAUGGAGGAUCGGGGGCAAAACGACACAUGACAACCCGUUCAUGAACUCAAUCAAGUUUCUCUUGUUGAUCGAAUAUAUAAAGGAAGAUGGGGUUAUCAUUUUUUCAUUUGAUUGUCACAUUUGUGGCUGUUCGUAUCAUCCAAUGCCAAACCCUUUGCGAUAGGCAGGAUUCACCGGAAUGGCACCCUCAAAAACACACUAUCCAAGUUAACUGGACUUUGAUUGGAAAUCUUUGUAACAGUGCAUCGGAAUGCUGGAGUUCUCACGGGGGAAACGAACUGAGUAAGCACCCUUCCAACUUCCCACAGAUAUGCCCACUUCAGCUGCAACUUGGAGACAAGCUGCUGAUGUCUGCUGAUGAAACAUUCAAGUCAUACGGCAUCAAACUUUUCAAUGUGUCAAAAGACAGUUUUGAAAGUUGUUCCAUAAAUGGAGAUCUCCUGUUCCCCCACAUUUUAAAGGAAAACGAAGAAGUUGAGGCGAAGUGGAUCACACCAGGUCAUCAUUACUUCAUUGCUGCUCAUGAAGGUGACACACAGCUGUGCCAGCUUGGUUUGAGGCUCAAUGUGUCGGUUAAAACACAUCUUUGCCAGCCCUCUCCGUUUCUCCGCCUUUGUUCCGGUAACGGUGUUUGCCAGACAAGUUUUCUGGAAGGAGCAUACCACUGUCGAUGCCACCACCAUUACUCUGGGAGAUUUUGUGAGAAGUUUGAUUCUUGUUUGGAAAAUCCUUGUCAAAACAAAGGAGUCUGCUUGAGCAAUGGAUCUACAGAUCCAAAUAAAAGGACAUAUAAAUGUCUUUGCCCUCCUCAUUUUACAGGACCAAACUGCUCAGAAAUAGUUGGGAAGGCGAACUGUGUCAGAGUAUGUGAGAAUGGGACAUGCGUUCAGAUGUCGCCUACUUCCUUUAAAUGCAUCUGCGGUAGUGGAUUCUCUGGCCCUCCCUGUGAGAAGACGAAAGCCCCCUGUGACCCAAAUCCAUGCAGAGAGGGUGGUGCAUGCGCAGAGAGCCCCAAAGGAUUUGCAACGGAGUGCAUUUGUGCAGAUGGUACUGUGGUCCCAGAAUGCAGGAGGCAGCAGGACGCGUGCACCCCAUCGCCAUGCUUGAACAACGGCACCUGUGUGUCCAGGGGAACGGAUUACGUCUGCAGAUGUCUGAGUGGCUUUUCUGGAAGAAACUGUGAAGAAAUAAUUGACUACUGCAGGCAGCUCAAUAUCAUCUGCCUAAAUGAGGGAUUGUGCUUGAGUGUAAUUGGCGGACACCAGUGCGUUUGUGGCCCUGGAUGGAUUGGAGAGCUUUGUCAACAUGUUGGUGAUGCCUGCGCCAUGGGAACAAACAGCUGUUUGAAUGGAGCCACAUGCAUCACAAUGAGCCAGCCAACAUCUCCCCCACAGUACACCUGUAAAUGUCUACCUGGUUUCAUAGGAACAAUGUGUGAGAUAGAGAUCUAUGAGUGUGAUUCCAGCCCUUGUCAGCACAAUGGUACCUGCUAUGACUUGGUUGGAGACUAUGAGUGCCAGUGCCCUGCAGGUUUUCAAGGAAAGAAUUGCGAAGUGGAUAUAGAUGCCUGUGGUCUGCCCACCAGCACCUGUUCCACAAAGACUCUAUGCUUGGAUCUCCCAAAAGGGUUUGAAUACAGCUGCCAUGUACCAUGUCCUCAAGAUUUUCAACCAUGUGCCAACGGAGGACACUGUGUGUUGAAUAAUGCCAGCAGCUACACCUGUAUCUGUACACGGGGCUGGACCGGUCAGACCUGCCGUAUAAAUGUCAACGAUUGCAUUCAACAUUGGUGCCAAAAUAGGGCCACUUGUGUGGAUGAGAUUGAUGGCUACAGCUGUCUUUGUCCCAGUGGAUACACAGGGGUAUUCUGUGAGGAAGACAUUGAUUACUGUGUUGGCCAUAGCUGCUCUGAACAUGGCAUUUGCCUGGACCACCAGUAUAACUUCACCUGCCGCUGCAUGCUUGGAUUUGAGGGACCGUUCUGUGAAGUGGAAACAAAUGAGUGCAACAGCUUCCCUUGCUCAAGUGGCGCCACCUGUGUGGACCUAAUCAGUGAUUAUCGGUGCCUCUGUCCCUUGGGAUUUGAAGGAAGGACCUGCUCUCACAAUGUAAAUGAUUGCUGGUCACAGCCCUGUCUAAACGGAGGCACGUGUUUGGAUCGGAUAAAUGAUUACAUAUGUCACUGUCCUCUUGGAUUCAAGGGAAAAGACUGCUCUCUGGAUAUCGAUCUUUGCUCAUUUGGACUGUGCAGUGAAAACACAUUAAUAUGCACUGAGACCAGGGAUGGACACAAUGUCUCCUGCACAUGUAAGAAAGGAUUCGGAGGGUCAUUUUGUGAAGUAAAUCUCAAUGAAUGCGAGUCUUUGCCAUGUCAGAAUGGUGGCGUUUGUGUGGAUGGAAUUGAUCUGUAUCAAUGCUUGUGCUUAGAAGGCUUUGGGGGUUUCAACUGUGAAAUCACCCAUUAUAAAUGUGCAUAUGGAUACUGCGCCAAUAAUUCCACAUGUAUUGACCUGGUUGCUGACUAUGAAUGCAUCUGUCCAUCAGGCUUUGCUGGCAAGAACUGCUCCAGACCUGCACCUGCAUUUACUUCAGAAGUGAAGGUAUGCAAAAAUGGAGGAACUUGUAUCCUCAAUUCUGCCAAGGAAUUGCAAUGCAUAUGCCCUUCAGGAUACCACGGCGAAGACUGCUCUUUGUCUUCGAGCCGGUGUGUUUGCGACUCUGAAGGGACUGUUUUCUGCAAUGAGCUGGAAAAUGCUUACAGAUGUGUGUGUCAUCAUGGACACACAGGGGUACACUGUGAAACCCCUAUUAACCACUGUGUAGAUGGCCUUUGUCAACAUGGCUCAACGUGUGUGGAUUUGUCAAGGGGGUUCAAAUGUGAUUGCUUACCUGGUUUAACAGGUCGGUUUUGUGAUGUAAAUAUCGAUGACUGUGUAGGGGAACCCUGUGGAGCACUGAGUAUUUGUAAAGACACUCUGAAUGGCUACACAUGCUUUUGUGCACCUGGGUUUAUUGGUAAUAAGUGUGAGAUUGAAGUGAAUGAAUGUCUCAGCCUGCCUUGUCAAAAUGGAGGCUCCUGCACAGACGAGCUUAACUCAUUCAGCUGUCAGUGUCCUGUUGGAAUAACAGGUAACUACUGUGAAGUCAACAUAGAAGAGUGUGCCUCCUCUCCCUGUCUGCACAAUUCUACAUGUUUUGACCUUGUUGAUGGUUAUAAAUGUGUUUGUCAGCCCGGCUUUACAGGUCCAAAAUGCGAACUUGACAUUGAUGAGUGUGCGUCAUCUCCCUGCAAGAAUAGAGGAACAUGCGUGGACCUACCUGGUAAUUACUUCUGCCAGUGUGUGGCUCCAUUCAGAGGGCAUAAUUGUGAGUUCUUACCCUGCGAGGCCAGUAAUCCCUGUGAAAACGACGCAGUGUGCAUGGAGGAGCUGGACCAGGAGCGUUUCCCUUUGGGUUUCCGCUGUCUCUGUCGCCGUGGAUUCAGUGGCCCCCGCUGUGAAAUCAAUGUGGAUGAGUGUAGCUCCAACCCCUGUUUUCAUGGCUUUUGUUAUGAUGUCGUAGAUGGCUUUCACUGCCUUUGUAGUCCUGGUUAUGCAGGGCCUCGGUGUGAGGAAGACAUCGAUGACUGCCUCAGCAAUUUGUGCACUUCCAACUCAGCAUGCAAGGACCUCCAUGAGGGUUAUGAGUGUGUUUGUCAUUCAGGAUGGGAGGGAGCGGACUGCCAACAAGAAAUUGAUGAAUGUUUAUCACAGCCCUGCAAAAACAACGCCACCUGCACAGACCUUCUUAACAACUACAGGUGUUUCUGCUUACCAGGAUGGACAGGUGUGGACUGUGCUGAGGAUGUUAGAGAGUGUGACUCUGGGCCCUGUCUAAAUGGGGCUCAGUGUCAGGAGUCGGACACACCUGGGGAGUUCUCCUGUGCCUGUCCCCCUUUCUUUACUGGCCAUUUGUGCGACCAAUCUUAUGACCCAUGUGACCCCCUCCAUAAUCCCUGCCUACACGGCUCCACCUGCCUGACACGCUCUAACGGAACAGCCUCCUGCAGAUGCUCAGCUGGAUUUGAGGGAAGUUGGUGUGAAAUUAACACCAAUGAGUGUGCUUCUCAUCCAUGCCAAAAUCAGGGGCACUGCGAGGACCAGGUCAACGGUUACAGGUGUGACUGUAAGAUGGGAUUUUCAGGCCUUCACUGUGAGCAAGACAUCAAUGAGUGUGCCUCCAGCCCUUGCAGCAAUGCAGGCACCUGUAAGGACCUUGUGAACAUGUUUCACUGCAUUUGCCCUGCUGGAUAUUUUGGAACGCUGUGUGACCUGGAUGUGAAUGAGUGUGAAGUUUCACCUUGCCUACACGAGGGCAUCUGUAUCAACAUGCCUGGGGGCUUCAAGUGUGUCUGUCGGCCUGGAUACACAGGAUUGCGGUGUGAGGUUAACGUCAACGAGUGUGUUUCAAACCCAUGCCAGAACACUGGAAGAUGUAUUGAUGGGCCUAAUCAAUACCACUGCUUGUGUCCUGUUGGCUUUAUUGGGCUCCACUGUGAGACUAACGUAGAUGAAUGCAUAUCAGCACCUUGUCUUCAUGGGAGCUGUGAGGAUGGAAUAUAUUCAUACACUUGCCUCUGUGAACCUGGGUGGACAGGCAACAGAUGUGAAACAAACAUUGAUGAUUGUGUUUGUAGUCCGUGUUUAAACAGAGGCUCCUGUGUUGAUCUCAUUGAUAAAUUUGCGUGCUUCUGCCAGGACGGCUACACGGGGAAGACUUGUGAAAAUGAUGUAGAUAUCUGCAAGGACACAGCAUUUAAUGCCUCAUUGUGUUUUAAUGGAGCCACCUGCCUUGAUGGGGAAGGAGCAAACUUUACAUGCAGCUGUCCAGCUGGUUUCACGGGGGACUUCUGUGAAGUGGAUGUUAACGAAUGUUGCUCAGCUCCCUGCCAUAACAGUGCCGUUUGCCAAGAUCUUAUUAAUAGCUACGUCUGCCACUGCAGGUCAGGUUGGACAGGCCUUCACUGUGAGGAUGACAUUAAUGAGUGCCUUCCACAGCCCUGCAUCCAGGGGAUAUGCAUCCAGAAUGAUCCAGGCUAUGGCUACACCUGUUUCUGUCGGCCUGGAUUUGUGGGAAAAAACUGUGAGUACAACUAUGAUGACUGCCUGCUAAAUCCAUGUCCAGAAGCACUUUCCUGUGUAGAUGGCAUCAACAAGGUCAGCUGCCUGUCUCCUGUUACGGAUCCCGUUCCCUUGGUGACUGUAGUUAAGAGCAUCACUUGGGGCUACACAUCCAAGGUGGAGACGCCAACACUCAGCCCAGAGCCGAAAGCAGAGCUAUCCAUAGAUAAAAGCUACAUUCAAUAUUUUGGAAAUUCAUACCUUGAGUUUAAAGGCAUUGACCUCAGUGCUCACAACAACAUUACUGUGAGCUUUCAAACCACAGCAGCGCUGGGAACUCUGCUCUAUGUGGACCAAGGCCCUGUUAACGGUGAUUUCUUUUUCAUGAAACUCUUCAUCCAGGAUGGAAUCUUACAGUAUGCCUUUUGCUGCAAUGAAGAAGAGGAGGCCAAAUGGAUGAGUACUGUAACCCAAGUUGAUGAUGGUGUAGUUCACGUUGUACACAUCAGACAACAUCUGACCCCUUGUGAGGCCGAGUUAAUACUUUCUGGAAAUGAGAAAAUUAAAAGCACAGCAAGUAAUUACUGGUUGGGACACAUGAUUCAAAAAACAAACAACGUCUUCACCGGAGGUUUACCUCAAAACUAUCUUCCCAGCCAGAAAGCAAAACCCCUCUUUAACUUUACUGGCUGCCUUGAAGUGAUUGAAAUUAAUCGGAUGAGGAACUUUGAUGCAUCUGACGCCGUUGGUGGCAGCAACAUAGACCAGUGCAGAUAUUCUCUCCAUGCCACAGAAGCCUCCACAGAAAGCGUCUCAACUCUGACAAGUCAGUCAGCUCCCUCUGACACAAUCAACACAACAAUGAUGGCAGCUCCCACACAAGCGCCAGAACAACCACUGCAUGAACCUCAGAUUUGCCGUGAGGGUCUGUGCCGCAAUGGAGGAUCGUGUCAUGAGCUGCAGCUGCCCGAGGGAGCUCUGCCUAUCUGUCACUGUCAGCUACAUUUUACCGGAACUUUUUGUGAGAAAGAUUCGACUGUGUAUAUACCCUCAUUCGAUGGCACAUCAUACUUAGAGCUUCAGCCUCUUGCAUUCCUUCUCCUGCCUUCUGGUGACAGCAGUAAUCACGCCUCCGCAGUAAAGGAUACAACCCUCUAUUUGACAGUGAAAACAAAAUCUACUCAAGGCACCAUCCUCUUCACCCAGGAGCAGAACUUUGGAGAUCAAUUCCUUCAUGUGUUCCUUGAAGAUGGAAACCUGGUUGCUAAUAUUGGUUGUGGUUCCAGUCGUGUUUUGAAUGUAGCUGCAACCCAGACCAUCAACAAUAACCAAUGGACACCCAUCACCGUUCGAUACCGUCUUCCAGUUGGCAAACAAGGAAGGUCGUGUGUGAUUGAAAUAGCUGCAGAUAAUGGAACAACUCAGCACCUUGAGGAGUUUGUGUCACUCUCAGUAUCAGAGGGAAGAUUUGGACCCAUAUUUCUGGGAGAUGUUUCCCCGCAUUGGGAGAGGCAUGACGGCAGUUCCAAAGGAGAGAAGAGAUUCGUAGGCUGCAUCAGAGACUUUCAGGUCAACUCAAAGGAUGUUGACCUGGUGAGCAAAGCCGUAAGAGGAAGAAACAUCAAGAACUGUGAUCCACCUGUCUGCCAACACCUCCCCUGUCGUAAUGGAGGAACGUGCGUCAGCGAUGCUGAGGACUGGUUCUGCGAGUGCCCCCCUCUUUACACAGGCCGGCUGUGCCAACUCAGCUCCUGUGAGCGCAGCCCCUGCAGUCAUGGAGCCACAUGCAUCCCCAAAUCCCCUUUGGAGGCAGUUUGUCUCUGCCCUUAUGGAAGAGAGGGUCUGCUGUGCGACCAGCCCAUAAAUAUAUCACGAGCUCGAUUCACUGGGAGUGAUGAGUUUGGUUACACUUCUUUUGUGGCUUAUUCCUCCAUCCCGAGCCUCAGCUUCUUCUAUGAGUUCAAGCUUAAGUUCAAUCUUGCAAACAACUCAUCUGCGGUCAGAGACAACCUGAUGCUGUUUUCUGGGCUGAAAGGACAAGGCAAUAAUGGUGAUGACUUCCUCAUUUUGGGACUGCGGAGUGAAAGGAUUAUGCACAGAUUCAACCUUGGAUCAGGAAUUGCAACCAUCGUCAGUGAUAGACUUAACUACAGUCUGAACAUCCACACUGUCACCUUUGGAAGGUCCAAGAAAAUUGGAUGGUUGAAGGUUGACGGGCAACGUAACAGAGCGGGAUUUUCUCCUGGACCUUUAGUGGGCCUCAGUGUUUUGGACCAGCUCUUUGUAGGUGGAUAUAAUGAGUACACCCCUGAACUCCUGCCACUUGGCUCCAGGUUCCGUGAUGGCUUUCAGGGGUGCAUUUUCGAUGUGCAGCUCCGAACUAGAAGGGAUGGAAAGUUCCAGGAUUUGGGAAAGCCAGCGUUUGGGCGCAGCGUGGGUCAGUGUGGAGUCAGCCCCUGUCUUCACGUUAACUGCAGCAACGGGGGGACAUGCAUGGAUUCCGGCUCAUCUGUGUACUGCCAGUGUCCAUUUGGGUGGAAAGGAGCUCUCUGUAGUGAGACCAUGUCCGUUUGUGAUUUUGAACACAACCCCCCUCCGCUUUGUGCCCACGGCUCCACCUGCAUCCCUCUGCCAAAUGGAUAUACCUGCCAGUGCCCUCUGGGGACUGCAGGGCUCUACUGCGAGAAAGCCGUGUCCAUCAGCGAUCCAUUCUUCAGCUCCAACCAGUCAUCAUGGAUGUCGUUCCCCCCCAUGAGUAUCAGGCACAGAACCGUGGUGCAGCUGCAGUUUCAGCCUCUAUCAUCCGAUGGCAUCCUCCUCUACUCUGCACAGCAUCUCAGUGCCAGAGCUGGUGAUUUCUUCUGCAUCUCCUUGAGGUCUGGGUUUGUCCAAUUACGGUACAAUCUUGGGGAUGGUACCCACAUCCUGCAAUCAGCUGAAAAGGUGGACUCACGAGGCAGGACCUGGCACACGGUUGAGGCUGGGCGAAUCGGGAAUGAAGGUUUCCUCAGUCUAGAUGGCAUCCAGGUUCGAGAAAAUGUCACCAAAGGAUUGACCACCCUUGAUGUGAAAACGGAUAUAUUUGUCGGAGGCGUGUCCUCUCUGGCUUCAGUCCCCCCCGGGGCAACAGAAGCAGACCCAGUGAGCUUCACUGGUGGCUUGAGAGAAUUAAUAGUGAAUGAACAGGAACUGGAGUUAACGGACAGGGGGGCCAUUGGUGGAGCAAAUGUUGGAGACUGGGAUGGGACGGCCUGUGGGUACAAGGUGUGUCAAAACGGAGGUCAAUGCAAAUCAAUGGGCGUGGACUCAUUCACAUGCAUUUGUCCAUCAUUGUGGACCGGCCCGGUGUGUAACCAAUCUGUCAGCUGUGCAAACCAUACCUGCAGCCACGGCUCUUUGUGCGCUCCAUCUACGGCCACCUCAUACAGGUGCAUGUGCCCCUUAGGACGGAGGGGAACGUUCUGCGAUGCACAAGCCUCCACAGACAUUUUAAAACUGGUCGAAAACUCUUAUGUGAAAUACAAAGACCCGAGGAUCAACACUAGGAACUUGAAACACACACAGGUCUCCUUUAGUGUCCGCGCAGACUCCAAGGAGGGUUUGAUCAUGUGGAUGGGAAAGGCUGAACACCAGGAUGACGACUACCUCGCCGUUGGACUCCAGAGGGGCCAUCUGAAAAUCGCUGUCAAUCUAGGAGAGAGACUUUCCCUUCCUUUGACUUUGAAGUCUGUUUCCCUCUGCUGCAACAAAUGGUAUAAUCUGUCCUUAGCUCUCAACAAGACAAUUAUCCGUGUGUUCCUGAACGGUGAGGGGAUGCUUUUGGAAGAUGUGGACCCGUUUGAGCGUUACUUAGCUUUGAACUAUGGAGGUCUGCUUUACUUUGGAAGUUUUGAAUUACACAAAAACACAUCAGCUGUCACCUUUGGCAUGUUUUCAAAGGGCUUUGAGGGAAGUGUCAGAAAUGUUUACCUGUUUGGAGAUACCAGGCCGGUGGACUUUCUUAAAAAUAGUGAGGGCUUUAAUAUUUAUGAGGACACUGUCUAAUACAGCUGUAACCCUUAACCUCUGGAAGAUUUUCCUUUUCUAGGUAGCGAUGAUAGUUUUAGUCCUGCCUUUAAAAAACAUGCUUGUCCUUCAGAGUUUGAUAUUAUUUUGUGUAAAAAAAGUUUAAAAUUUACUUUUUAAAAUAUCGAUUUGCUCAAGCUUAGUUUUCUGCAACAUUGACUUACUGAUUUUUAUUUUCUUUGAAAUAGUGUUUGUUUUGUUGCUUUUUUCCUAAAUAAAAAAAUGCAAUGCCCACAGACAAAUAUAACGAUUGUUUUUUGUUAUUUUGCCCCUAAAGAUCCACUCAGCCCCUUAAUGUAAAUCAAACAUUCCUCCUUUAUGUUUUAGCAUAUUUACUAAAUCAUUUCUUUAUGAUCAACAGUAAAAAAAAAAAGAGGAUUAGUUUUAUUACCAAAUGUACACAAACACAAAGUGCAAAGGCACACUUAUCUCUAAUGUAUAUUACAGGUCAAAAUGUACAUUCAAUGGAAAGUAAGCAUAUAAAAUAUUAAAAGAAGGUAAUUUGAGAACAAAAGUCGGCUGCUGUUUGAAUGUUUUCCUUAAAUAUGUUCAGUACAUUUAGGCCACAAGUUUAAGUUUUUCUCAGUCAUCCACUAAAAUACACCUUUGUUUUUUUCAGGUGGCUUAGAAAUGUCAUCAAACCAGCAGCUUUGUGUAAAACUAUUUACAAUAAAAAGAUUAAAUGAAAGUUGAGUUUUUAUCUUGGUCGGAAUUAAAAAACAAAAAGUGUUAAUAGUCUCUUCUCCACUCUCAAAGCAUAAGCAGUCCAUACUCAGAGGUGGAAGUUGUAUGGCGAUGCAUAUGAAUGUAUAACAGAUAAAAAUACAGCUGUCUUUAUCCCAAAAAAGAAAAAAAA